UCUGGUGUGGUAUCCACCCAGCGGCUAGUGGAAAUCGUAUGCUCAAUAUUUAAGGGAAAUUUCAGAAUCCAGAUAUCUCACUGAAAAAGGUAUCAAUCGUGAGAAUACUUAUAAUCGGAGAGAUUGAUAGAUAGAGAGAUAGAACGAAGAUAUGGACGAUCUGAAAUGGAGGGUUUUGCCGGUUCUAGUGUUGCUUCUUUCCUCUCUGAUGUUCUACUUGAUGGGCUCUCAAAAGCCAUCAGAGAAUGGGUGCAGCCUCCUUGGUGACAGCCAUUUCUGGAUAGUUAGCAACAAUAUUGUCACUCCCAAAAGGGUCAUUUCAGGAUCAGUUGAGAUAAAAGGAGGGAUUAUUGUAUCUGUGCUUGAAGGAUACAAGGCCAGGAACAAGAAUCAAAAGGUGAUUGAUUAUGGAGAUUCUAUUGUAAUCCCUGGUUUGGUUGAUGUGCAUGUUCAUCUUGACGAUCCUGGAAGAGAAGAAUGGGAAGGGUUUCCUUCAGGGACUAGAGCAGCAGCUGCUGGUGGUUUAACAACAUUGAUUGAUAUGCCCCUUAACAGUCACCCGUCAACAGUUUCUGCAGAAACAUUUGAACUCAAGUUAAAGGCAGCAUCAAAGAGGAUCUUUGUUGAUGUUGGUUUUUGGGGUGGUCUUGUUCCUGAGAAUGCCUUCAAUUCCAGUAUGCUGGAGGGGCUUUUAAACGCUGGUGUUCUUGGUUUGAAGUCGUUUAUGUGUCCUUCAGGUAUCAAUGAUUUCCCAAUGACAACCGCCAAUCAUAUCAAGGAAGGAUUGUUGACACUAGCAAAAUACAAAAGACCUUUAUUAGUACAUGCUGAAAUUCAAUCAGAAGAUAAAGAUCUCUUGGAUGCGAAUCAUGAUAAAGUUGAUCCUCGAUCCUACUCAACAUAUCUCAAGUCUAGGCCCUCUUCAUGGGAAGAGGCAGCCAUUAAAGAGUUAUUGACAGUGACAAAUAACACAAGGAUUGGGGGUCCUGCUGCUGGAGCUCAUCUUCAUGUUGUUCAUUUGUCCGAUGCAAGUUCAUCGUUAGACCUGAUUAAGAAAGCAAAAAGUAAUGGGGAUAGCAUAUCAGUUGAAACGUGCACACAUUACUUGGCUUUCUCCGCCGAAGAAAUUCAAGAUGGAGAUACCCGUUUCAAGUGUGCCCCACCCAUCCGCGAUGCUGCAAAUAGGGAAAGUUUAUGGGAAGCUUUAAUGAAUGGGGAUAUUGACAUGCUAAGCUCUGAUCACUCGCCAACAGUACCAGAGCUCAAACUUCUACAUGAAGGGAACUUUUUAAAGGCGUGGGGCGGCAUAUCUUCUUUACAGUUUGUUCUUCCAGUGACUUGGACAUAUGGGCGCAAGUAUGGAGUUGCGUUGGAGCAGUUAGUCUCAUGGUGGAGUGAAACACCUGCCAAACUUGCUGGCCUGGAUCUCAAAGGGAGUAUUGCAGUUGGAAAGCAUGCUGAUUUGGUAGUAUGGGAUCCAGAAAAGGAGUUUGACCUUGACGAGGAUUAUCCGGUUCAUACCAAACAUCCUAGUAUCUCUGCCUACAUGGGAUCAAGAUUAUCUGGAAAAGUAAUGGCAACGUUUUUGAGAGGUAACCUCGUCUACGAAGAUGGGAAGCAUGCUCCUGUUGCCUGUGGCAAUCUGAUUCUAGCAGAAAUAUGAAUAAAGGACAGAACCUUCUGAGAACACAAGAAGAACUUAUUUGAUGGCUAAGACCAAGGACUUCUAUAUAUAAGGCUGAAAUUUGACAAAUAAAUAAACAGUCUUAUGUAUUUUUUUUUCUUGCCUCAAAUAAGAAAUGGUUGCAGCUUAUUUAAGUUCUUGGACAAAAAAAGGUAACAAUGACUUUCUAAAUUUUACAUUAAGCAAUAGGCAGUGUAGUUUUUGUGACGCUUUGUUAAGUUA